UUUGCUUGCACCCAAAGGAACCCAAAACCGGAGUACUCCUCCCUUCGCCUCUACGAACGUCAUUCUCUCUGCCAUUUCUCGUUUCUCCGGCAACCACCAUUUUAUGUUGUUUUUCUUUUCCUUUUUUUUUUUUUUUUCAAAUGCUUCUCUACGCAGGUUAGGUUGCGUAUAAUUCUGCAGAAGUACUAAUGGGUCGUUUGAAUUUUCUUCUACAUCUGUUGAUUCUGAUUUCGGUUUUGCAAACUUGCCUCUGCUGGCAACCAUGGGGAUGGAUGCCGUUUUCCAGCAAGACCCAACCGGAAAAUAAGCCUGUACAAGGUUGGGAGAUUGAGGAACAUUUUUCUGCUGAAUUCUCCCUGAGAGCUGCCGACUAUAGGGAGGGAAUUCAAGUGGUGGAAAACACAAGGUUGAAAUUAAGGAACUCGAAUUCGUGUUGGCAGAAGGCUUAUGAACAGAUAUUUUCCGCCUGCUCUGAGAUCAUUAGCGAGGACAACGAGAGACGACAAAGGUUUGCUUGGGAUCUCAGCAAUUGCUUCCAGAAUGAUUCUGGUCGACCCCUUUUCCCCCACUGUCACCAGAAUUCUCCAAUGAGAAAAUGUCUGGCAAAGUUGGAUGAUAUCUCUCAUCAGACAUACCUCAAAUUCUUUCUUGAAACCAGUUCAAUCUGUUAUCAGCUGCAGGCGGCAGCAUUUCGGUGUCAGACGGAGCAAUUGGUGAAUGAUUUGAAAAACACAGCACAUUUUACAGAGGAGAAACUGGAGAACUUAGAGAAGAAAUCUGAUGAAAUGUUGAAGAAUUCGGAUGAUAUCCUUGAAUCUAUUAACAUGGUUGAUCAACAGACACGGGAAGUUUCUGAAACUACGAGGCAAGUCUCCAAUCACCUGGCUGUUGUAGAGGAGCAUUCGCGGGCAGUUUUCGAGCAAUCCCAACAAAUUGCAGUCUUUCAAACAGAAUUGAAAGCAGGGCAAGAGAAGAUGAAAAGCAAUUUGGAAGAAGGGAUGGCUAGUCUUCAUGAAUCUUACAAUAACUUGGGUGAGAAAAUCAAUGACAUAAAAACUGAGACUGUAAAAGUAGAGCAGAAGAUAAGUGAAGUUGGGAAUGCAGUGUCGGACAAGAUGACGACUUUGGAGACCAAAGCUGAUGAUAUUGGGAGAAUGGCUGGGAUUUCCUUAAAUAAUCAACAGCAACUUCUAGAUUACCAGAACCUUGCUCUUAGAGAUCUGCAAUCACUAACUGAAUCUCAAUCCGAAGCAUUAAGAGAAAGCAGGACUUCCCUGCAAGAGUUAUUUGAGUUUGUUCAUCAGCAACGAGAAAUGGUUCUUCAGCGGCAAGAUCAGCUGAAAAGAUCCCAUGAAGAUCUGGGCCAAAGUUUGAAGUCAAUGUUAGAAGCUCAGGAUGCUUUUGCAGCGAAGCAAGCACACAUGUUUGUUGUUCUAGAUAAGCUCUUCAGCCUGCACAAUGCCAUGUUGGUUGAAUCAAGGAUUAUAAAAGCUUUUUUCAUUUACUGCAUAUCAAUGUUUGUGGUGUACCUUUUCACCAGCACAAAGCAAACAUAUACUGUUAGGCCUAGGCUCUAUAUAGGCUUAAGCGCUUCAUUCCUGACUGAAAUUGUCAUAGUCCGUUUCAUAACAAAUGAUGUCGAACAACAGACAAUGAUUAUUAAUCUAGUUAGGUCACUUUAUGCGGUUCUUGCAUUGGUUCAACUUCUAUACACCAUCAGUACAUACAGGGACUAUGAACUUUUGAACCAUCAAAUGCUGCUAACACUAAUGGAAAAGGUGAAUGGCAUUGAGAAAAAUUCAGAGUUGAUGUAUGAUACAGAUAGCGACAUGGAGUGGUCUUCUUGGGUUGAUACUGAUCUCCCGGACGAUGUGAACAAUCUUGAUGAUCCUGAUUAUACGCUUCCUGAAGAGAUUGGGGAGAACUCGCUUGCAAUUUUACCGUCAAGAACGUAUGAUCUCCGCCGUCGCCGUUGAUGUUGGAGUUCUUUGUCUCUCCAAUUUCCCCGUCUUUAAAUUUUUCAUUGUUGGUCACUUUAUGUAUUUUAUCAUGUGUUACUGUAUUAGUCUGUAUAGAUUUGAGGUGUUAGCAGUUGCUAAAAUUGAGUUAAUACCGAAGCACUGGAUACAAAUCUUUUCAUUUUCACUUCAUAUUUCCCUCUUUUUUUUUUUAUUAUUUUUUUCUGAACACGGUAUUGUCCUAAAUAAGCCCAUUAACCAAUC